AUGUCUAGCAGAGUAUCUUUAAGACAGAAAUUGAUAGGUCAGUUGGAAGAUGCUGAUUCUAUUUUAAGAGACAUACUUUCCACAGCAUCUAAAAAGAAAUCUUCUGUUACGCUGCUUCCUCUCAUAGAAUUAUUGUUGGAAAAAGAUCAACAACUCAAGGAAACUUACAAAGAAAUUGAAGUUUACAAUGAAAUACAGAAAAAGAUCGAUCUCCUUAAAGCAGACUGUUUGAAGUCUGACAAGCAAAUUCAGUCAUGUCAGCUCCACUUAAAGAAAACCGAGGUUAUUUUGAGCACUGCUUUGUAUUACUCUAGACAAAAGUUGGACUCGAUGACUGUCGCUGUUAAAAAUCCGAUUGAUAUAGAAGAACUCGUUAGAUUUUCCCACAGAAUAAGUGCUACUCAUGGCGUAAUAGCCCCGGAUAACUGGACUCAGGGGGACCCUAGGAGACCAUAUCCAAAUAAAGAAGAAAUCCGGCGUGGAUAUCUGGGUCAUAUUGAUGAUGCUGGCAAUUUUCGUCAGUCGAUCUGGGACGCCUUAUCAGAUACCGCUGCUGCUGCGGCUUCUAUAGCUGUUUCUUCUACCCCAUCAGUCUCCAGUAGUUCUGGUUCAAACAAUAUGUGUAAUCCGAAUUUAGCUGCAUCUCAAACUCCUGUAUAUCACAAUAACCAAACUCAACCCACAAGUUUACCGCUAGUAACCUGCUCUCCGAAUAUGAUUCUACCGGGAGUUAACAUGGUUUCCUCACCUAUGUCCUUCUCACAAUCUGGUAGUUCUACAUGGACUGGACCUAAUGUGAAUCUCACCCCGGGGAAUCCUACAAGUUCAGAAUUAGGUGUUCCUCAAACUUCAGCUUCUCGACCACCGUCAACCUCACUAGCCGCCAUGCUUACUGGUACAAAUAUGAUGGAUCAGCAUCCUCGUAAUAUCACAUUACCUCCACCCCCGUUUAAACUGGGAAGCGGUCAAGUGCAACCAAGUCAGGCUACAUCAUUUCGGUCAAGUGGUGUUCCACCUCGACCAUCUAAUGCUGGAAAUCGACAAGCGUUUCCACCGUCUCCUAAUAUCUCAGGAUCACAAUAUAUGCAGUAUCCGCAUAGUGAUACACAUUCCAGUUUUACACCGAGCAGUAAAACGUCUCGGUCACAUUCCAAACGUACACAUCGGAAACACGCAGGUACAGAAUGUUCAGAAAUGUCAUCGAACUCUUCUAGUGAUUCAUCCAGUGGUGAAGAAUGA